AUGUUACGAGAUGCCCCUUUUCGUGCAUCUUGGAUACAGGAUUAUAAACGAGAGUGCAAGAAUCUUGAAGAAGUUGUCACAAGGAUACUUGGUCCAAAGCUUGAAAAGAACAUUUUGGCCCAAUUGAUGCCGAAGCACACAAGCACACCAACUUAUUAUCAAUUGGUCAAGACCCAUAAGUUGGUUCGGAGCGAGCUCGAUGGUACUGUGGACACUACGUCCAUCAAGACAAGGCCAAUAGUUGCAUCCUGUGGCGGACCGACAGACAGAAUCAGCUGGUUCUUACAACGGAUCCUCUGCCCACUGCUUCAACAUGUCUCUUCCCAUCUCAAGAAUGUAAGACAAUUCCUGGAGCAACUGAGGCAGUGUAAUUUUCAACAACAAACCACGACUGCUCUAUACACGAACGUUGAUACGCAAAGAGCUGUGGAGUCUUGCAUUCGUCUUUUACGCCUACAUCAUCAAGAACUUCAGCUUUUUGACCUCAAUAUCAACGACAUGGAAGAGCUUCUACGGACAGUGGUGGAAGUGAAUAUAUUCCGUUUCCGGAAUCGAUUUUAUAAGCAGAAACGAGGACUCGCUAUGGGAAGCAGACUGGCUCCGUUGCUCGCGAUUGUGUUCAUGGAUAGCCUUGAACGACAAGCUCUGUCAUCAGGAAUAUUAUAUUUUGGACGAUACAUCGAUGACAUCUUUAUCGUCGGCAAAACAAGAGCUGCUUUGCGAGAGACGUUUUCUAAGUUGAAUUCAGCGCAUGAGUCGAUACAACUGACAUCGGAAGAACCUUCGCCAGACGGAUUUCUACCAUUUUUAAACACGAAAGUCAGAAUCAUGGACGGUCAAAUCAGUGCAAUGUGGUAUAAGAAAGGGGCAUCUCGUAACAUCUUGAUACACGCCCGUAGCUGCCACCCUCUCCACAUGGUAAGACUGGAAUUGGUCGAGGUGAUGACCGAAGUGGAUGAAAUAUUGCGGCAAAACGGUUAUAAAAGAGGACAACACCGUACUUGGAAACCGUGUCGAUCACCAUCUGGCACCCCUCUCUUACUACCCUUUAUCACCGAUGAGUUCGCUAUGGACAUAGGAUGCCGCUGU